GGGAAAAUGGCGCAAGGACCGAAACCCGGUGAAUUGGAAUCGCUGCGUGACAAAGUAAAAAAGCGCUUACAAAACAUACCGGGCAAGGAGUUUAACGUCCUCGUGGUCGGCAUGUAUGGCUCAGGGAAGUCCUCCUUCAUCAACUCGAUGGUUAUGGCCGUUACUGGAACGUGGCACGAAUACGCACACUACGCUAACGCCCCUUACUUGAGUGUGACGAAACGUUUGGAGAGAUAUGUCAUGUUUGAUGACAAAUGUAAAGAAGAAGACGAGAAACACUCAAUCCCUGGCUACAGGAAGAACGUCAUCUUCUGGGACUGUCCCGGCUUUCCUGAUGCCAGCGAAGAAGCGUACUCUACAAUCGUGUCGCUGACACUUGACGGCCGUAUACCGCCUGGCACCAAAGUUCUCGAAUUCAUUAAUCAAAGCCCUGAGCAGCUUCGAAAUAAAUUCGGAAGAGUUAACCGCAAGAUGACGUUUGACCGAAUCGUUUACAUCAAUUCAGCAGACUGCGACGUCCAUAAACUUCUGGUGACAGCUAUCAAGUCAGGGGCACAGAAAGAUCACGAUAUACCAAUCUUCGCCAUGAUGACCAAGAUCGACAAAGCUGACGAUCUACAGAAGCGUGUUGAGGAUGCCCAGGCAGCCCUUACACUCACGGACAACAACGUUCGAUUUAAGACAACUUCCCUGUACUGUAAGGAUGUUACGGCAUGCACCGACCCAAACGACUACCGAGUAAUGAUGCCAAAUCCAAAAAUCGACAGCGUCUUACUGAACACCUGGAUGAACCUCACAGAUCCGAAUAUCAGGGUCAUAGAGACUCCACCUCCCCAUGAAGAGCCACCUAGAUCUAAUAUUUGGUGCGUUUUGCUGUAAAUAACGGACUUACACGAACUAGCUUUCAUAACACAUACCAUUUCUGUAGAACAAUUGUUACCAACCACAUAUGGACUCACUAAGCAGAGUGUACGCCUUGCAUUUACUAGCAUGUUACAUCGAUAUCUGCACAAUGUUAAGUUUUAUGAUUCCCGUCGGUAGCCCAAGACAGACAAAAGAACCCAACAACAUGAUGUGGCAGCCUCAGUAGAGUAACUAGCAGAUUUAUAAGAGCUGACGUCAUAUGUCAUUGUAACUGUAAGGCAGAUAUCAUGUGCUUGUUUAUCUGGAAUCGUCACUAAUCGUCAAAAGCUUAAGAUAGCUCAUCUCUACAUGACAAACCAAAUUGUAUUCGAUGCCAAAUCGUGACGAAACGACGGCUAUUCAAAUUAAGUCACAAAUGAAAGUUCCCCUCAACAUAACCCAGCACAAGACUUUAGGUACAAUUUCGUUCGAAGCAUGAGUGUACGCACACAUGUCGAUAUUACGACCCUUGGUCCAGUGUUGUUUUCAGAUAAUGAUCAAUCUAUCAAAUAACCAGUGUUCAUAGUUCCUUACCCUUGUCCUACGUUGGGAGGUUCUUGAAUAAGUCUUGCUUCGAAAAGUUGCAGUGGGAUGACUAGACAAUAAAUGUAAUACGCAAUCAACGAUAUCGUAAAAUAUUGAUCCUGACGGCCAUCUAUGGAGAAGUGUAGUCAGAGGUCGUGUACCAGGUCGCCAAGGAGAUUCUGUCUGUCCUCUAAUAAUGAAAACCUCGAGCAACUGUUUGCCAUAGACGUACUUCAGAAUUUAGGCAGAGUUUCCCUGGUGGCGUAUCCCUCAGACAUACGUACGCAUAGGUAGGUUGCAUUUGAAAACAAGUUGCGAGUAAGUCAGCACUGUAUUUGACGUGGUUAAGAGUCAAACUUGACUGCUGAAUUACUCCCAACCACCAGCCAAUCACCAAGUCGUACGGUCACUGUUGAUACUCGGAGAUGACAUUCACAUGCUUUCAUGUUUUCCUAGCUCUACCGUAAUUGCAGCAUGCAUAUGAUAGGCGUGAUAAUUUGCUAUCCUCUUUAUCUAUAUGUGUCCAACAUAAUUUUUAGUGCGCCAAAGAUAAGAGCUGUUACAUUAUGCCGUAUCUAUUAUAUGAGUUUAGAAAAAAAAAUAGUUGAGUUCUAACUCCAGACAUUUUUAGAACUUAUCUGAUAUGCCUGAUAUUAUAUGUCUAAUCUUCAUCGACGUAUUAGAACUCAUUAUUCUUUGUAUUCUAAAUGAUAUUUGAUGGAUAGUUAAAUACAAGUUAUAUACUUUGUAAUUGUAUUUUUUGUUGAUUGAAAUGUCUAUCAUGAAUAAAGUAUUC